UAAAUUGGUCAUUUUUCUAUCAUUUUCUUAUUGCAGAAAAGGAUCAAGAGAGGGGAGGAAUGGGCUUCUUUGCCAUCACUUAGUUUCAAUCGCAUGAAUCGAUUCCUUCCUUAAAAGCAACCAAAACUUUUACUUUUGUCGGGCUUACAAUUUUUGGUGCCCCGUUUCUGUUCCAGACACAGGAAGCUGGCAACCUAAAGCAAUGCAUUAUACUAUGCCCACCAUGCAAGCCUUUGUCAAUGCCCCCUCCAGGGUUAUUUAGCAGGACAACCUGAGAACCCCCCUUCAAAAUUCGUCGCAGAGGCCUCGCGAAACGAGAGCGAGAUGGGGAACGUGCUUGCCGGAGAUGGAGAGAAGAAGGCAAAAGAGUUCGAGCCGAUCAUGGAGAGAUGUUACGAGAACCACUUCAAACAGAACGAGCUGGAGGACAUGAGCUUGGCGGAUUUGUACCGCCUUGUUUGCGAAACCGUCGAAGAAAUCAAUAAGAAGCUGGGGAACACGCAACUUCGAGUGCCAAAGGUCUCCACUCUCAGGCAUGCUUAUGAGACUCACCAUCAAGGGAAGGGGAAAUCGUUGACCAAGGAAGAGUUCCAGAGAAUCCUGCAAGAGGUGAUCGUGGACACGGGGUUCACCGGCGUCGGAGCCAAGGACAUCCUCUUCUACCUCUUCGGUGUCCCAGCGACUGCACUGUUCAUCAAGCAAAGAGUCGCGCCGCGAGCGAUUCGCGACGACAUCUUCAUCCCCGGAAUCACCUCCGCCACCGUCUUCCUCCUAGCUAAGUUCAACAAGAUAUGAACUGACUCAAACAUACGUCGUUUGCAUGUGGACUUUUUAUAGUUUGUGCUUGUCUUCCCUUCAUGUAUGGAUAAAGGAGGAUCAUUUGCUCUU